UUUCGGUUGUCAGAAGGUUUCGAAUGAUUUGACCCUGAAACUGAAACCAGUUCAAGUGGAAGAUAAGUUUUCACUUUCGUUAUCUGCAAAGGACGAGACUGGCCUCAGACGGCGUUUCGCACAUAGUACCACUCCGUACAAUGUACGACCGCGACAGGUCUUGCAGACCGAACCAGGCAGUGGGCGAGUGACUGAAUCAACGCCGCGUACAGUAGACUUAGAGUGCCCCAGCGGACACAGGACUUCUCGAGAAUUGGCCCCCUUGGACCAGGGUGCUACGGAUCUGGGCAACUUUUGGCGCUGUCGAGCAAUGGCAGGAGUGAAGUUUACGGAAAUGAUGCUGGUUCUGUGGCUUCUGGCGGUCGGCUCGGUGACGGCCAUCCCAACAGAGGACGACGAAGCCCGCUUCGCAUUGCCUGACGAUCUCCUCGUAGGGGCAGGAGUUGCCGCCAUCCAGACGGAGGGUGCCUGGAACGAAGGAGGCAAGAGCCCAAGCGUGUGGGACGUGGCGUUUCACUCCGGUAAUCUCAUACCAUUGGGUUACGCUACGAACCUUCACGACAAAGCCGCGGACUCGUACCAUCGCUUCAGAGAGGACCUGGAUGCGGCGGUGCAAAUGAAGCUCCAGAUGUACCGAAUGUCCAUUUCUUGGGCAAGACUGCUGCCCGACGCAGACUCUUCAAAGCCCAACCAGGAGGGUGUGGACUAUUAUCACACUGUAAUCGACGAGGUUCUGAAGCGCAACAUAACUCCCCUGGUAACGAUGUAUCAUUUCGACCAUCCACAAAUCCUGGAAGAUGAAUUCAAGGGUUGGCUGGACAGGAGAAUGGUGGCCAAGUUCGGAGAAUACGCCGCAUUCGUCUUAAAAGAGUAUGGUUCAAAGGUUAAGCUGUGGACAACAGUGAACGAGCCCAAUAUAUACUGCAGUUUCCUUGAAGGUUUAAUCGAGACUGGGCGCGGCGAACCCUUGAACGCAACGGAUACCGUCAACGUGUACCCAUGCUUGCAUUACUUCCUCUUGGCGCAUGGUCAAGCGUACCGAGCCUUCCGCGACGGAAACUUCGAAGGUAAGAUUGGAUUCACCGUGACAACGCUUUUGUCCCGACCAACGUCCACAUCUCCCGAAGAUGUCUACGCCUCCGAGUCAUUUAACCAAAUGUUCGCUGGCAUGCUGCUGCAUCCGUUGGUCUACGGGGACUACCCCCAAAUAGUGAAGAACAUCGCCGGAGACAAGCUGCUGAAGUUCACUGACGACGAGAAGGAAAUGCUUAAGAAUUCGACGGACUACAUUGGUCUUAACGUGUAUUAUGGGAUGGCAGUCCAGUAUAAGGACCCCGCCACACCUCGUCGAAACAUAAGGGUGCCAUUGUUGCAGCUCUUCAAAGAAGCCAACUUUCUGGAAGUCGGCUAUCGGUCGCCAACUGGUGAAAGCCUGGAGGAAUAUCCGUUGCCAAUGAUUGCCCCAGAUGCAAUGCGGAGUGCUUUGCUGUGGACGUGGUUCACGUACAAGUUGCCCAUCAUGAUCACAGAAAACGGCAUCGGGUAUCAAGAUAUGCUGGGGGUUCACGACCACCAAAGAGCAGUUUAUCACAGUGCUUUUAUGCGAGCAAUGGUGUCUACCAUACACGACUUCGGCACCAAGAUCAUGGGCUAUAGCGCGUGGAGCCUCAUCGACAGCUACGAGUGGCAAUGGGGCUUCAGCCGUGACUUCGGCCUGGUGCACGUGGACUACGAACACGGCAGCCUCAACAGAACGCUCAAGGACUCCGCGUCCUUCUGGGUAGAGCUGGCCGAGCGGCGAGUCGUCCCGCUGGUGGUGCCCUCGUCGUCCCCCUUCAACCGCGUCUCGCCGGCGCUGCUACUCGCCCUCGCGUUCGCCAGGGCAGUCAGCGACAUCUGAAAUCGUUCGAAAUACAACCAGUGCUGCCAGUCAGGAGGAGAGGCAAAAGCGAACCCCAUGACACUUCAAACCUAUUUGUUUGUGACUAUGGGGGCUGACUGCUGUAAUACUUCGUGCACAGCACAAUUAAACAAGGACAAUAUCUAUAAAACCUAAUCCAUAACACCAUCAAACGUCGCUUGUGUAGUACAGUUUCGUAAAAUUGUAGCUCGCGAAAGUUCAGCUAUGUCUGAAUGUAAAGUAAGAGUGCACCAUAAUAUCUAACAAUGAGAUUUGGCCAAUGUUAUUCGUAUGUUACAAUGAAUUCGGCGCAAGCAAAGUACGAAGCAAUAUUGCUUCGUAACACGAAUCUUUUUAGCUUUCUCAUUGUAAGAUACAAAGAAAAACCUUCGUAAUACGAAUAAAAACCAACUUCGUAAUAUGCUUGCGCCAUUUCCUUCGUAAUAUGGGAAAUUUCUUCGUAAGACAUUUAGAUUGUGUCGA